AGGGGACAGGAUACUGCAACGUAGGAGAAAUGUGGUCAUGUGAGGAGGAGGAGGCCGCGGCUGCUGCUGCCCAGUAUAAUUAUACUGUGACUCACCCACAGAGCUGAUAACCGUGUUUGCUGCCGCCGAGGCCGUUGUUUAUAUAGAAGAGACGCUGAUAACGGCAAGCCUGCUCAUUCUUUAUAGACUACGUAAUGUAUGGGAAAUUCCAGUUGUUAUUCAUUAGGGUGGGAGCCACUUCCAACUAAACCCGUGACAGAACAGCUGAGGGCUCUACACAGAAGAGACCUUAUUACAUGAUUGCAGCUGUACAUCAUAUAGCAUCAGCAGACUCCAAACUACUUUAAGAGGGUCACCCCAAAGGCAUUUUAGAAUAAAAGGAAAUGGCCGGUGCAGGUGAGGCAGAUGUGGAGACAGAGCAGACUCUGUAUUGCUUGCACAUGAGACUGCACCAUCCUGAUCAGCAGGACCACAGAAUCUUUAGUGCCAUUGACUUAUGCAGAAGAAAAGAAAUUAAGGCAGAGGAAACCGUUGUCUUUGGGCGAGACGUUAGCAGCUGCAAGUUCCCUCUGCUAAAUAACAAAGUCUCCCGGCUGCAGUUUGCUUUGCAAUUCUUCAAACCUAUGCAGAGUUCGAAAAUGUCAUUUGAGAUAAAAAACCUCAGCAAGAGAACAAAACUUUACGUCAACAACCAUCCAUUGGAAUACAUGAACAAGUUUGUUCUUCCACCCAAGUGUGUAAUUUGCUUUGGAGAGUUUCUGAUAAUGGUGGAGAAUGAAGAAGGAGAAUCGGAGGACAAAUUUGAAAUCUGUUGUGAAGUGUCACGCUUUCCUCUUGUUCUGGAGAUAGAGACAGAAGUAAAGGUGGCCAUCCCAGAAACUGGCACACUGAAUGGUUCAGCAUCGUCACCAUUUAACAAAAACGCUCUACCUCCAGUGGAAGUUGAUGAAAACGACUGCUGAUUCACACAUAAACCAUAAUAAUAUCAAACAUUAUUUAAAAUUUUACGUUUAAUAUUCAUAUUACAUAUUUGUAAUCUAAUGAUGCAUAUGUAGCUUUUAUGGUUAAGGUAUUAAAGUAGAAUGUGAACUUCAAGUGUAAAACGCCACCUUCUCAACACGGUUUUUACCUUCAGAUAUCAUGUAGAUACCUGUAGUUGCUACCCUGGAACCCACGGCCUUACUUACAGAUCCUUUCCGAAACCAUCACAUAACAUAUUCUGAUACCAGCAGUUGUUUCAAGAUGUGUACGAGUGAAGGUGACACUCAAUUGGAUAAGUGCUAUGGCCUUCCAAUCAGUACCUGGCUUCACAUUACAGCCAUCUUUUUACAAAGAGCCUGCAGAGCUCAGAAAAUGCUUCUUUAUGAAACUUAUGGUUGUAUAGUUAGGCGAAGGUAUAUCCCAGAAAAUAACUUUCAUCCCUCCAGUUAUGCUUUUGACUCGUUUCUGAAAUAAUGGAUUGGGGCUUUAUUUUUUUAUUUUUUUUGUACAAGGAGGCGGCUAUGGGGUCUGUGUACUAAGCCUUGGAGAGAGAUUGUAAGAUUGGGAGCACGGUCUUCCUACCACUAUGACUGUUUUGUUGUUCUGUUUUGUUUUAUCAUUGUUUCCAAUUGUAAAGCGCACCGGAAUUUGCUACGUUAUAUAAGAAAUGUAGUAAUAAUAAAGUAGACUGAGAUAAAGUACCAACCAAUCAGCUGCUGUCAUUUUUAAAACACCACCUGUAACAUGGCAGUUAGAAGCUGAUUGGCUGGUACUUUAUCUCCGUUCACUUUAUCUCUACUAAGGGGUAUAUGUAAUAGGAUCCGAGUCUGGCGGAGGUGCUGGAUGCUGGCUGAUCUUUGAGGUUUUUUAAAGCGCCAAUCAUUUACAAGGCAAAACCAUGCCUUGUAAAUGAUUGCUGGUUUGAAAAAAAAAGUCUGAGAUUGGCCAGCAUCCCGCAGCUUUGGCAAACUCGGACCCUAUUACAUAUGCCCCCAAGUCUUAGUACAUUGACCCCUUUUUAGUCACAGUAGGAAUCGGUGAUCCUUCGGUCACUCUCACAUUGCAAUCGGCACACCCCUGAUCUUACAGAUGUAGCCAUGCUCAUCUUGCUGCGAUGCGUCAAACUGCGCCGGCCUGUGACGAUUCACAAGCGGCAAUCGCUCCAUUAAAUCCAUUAGGAAAUAAUAGAGUGAUCGCCAGCUGUGAAUAGUCUCAGUCUAGUACACCAUCCAGCAAACCUUGUUGCAGCAUGCCGCAUUGCAGCAAAGAUGAGCAUGGCUACAUCUGUACCUCAUGUGAAGUAGGCACCUACUGUUAAUGAGGCCUAACGAUCGUAUAGCUACAAGUCGUGCUUUUUUUUUUUAUAAUGGUUGUAUUACAAAGUAAUUUCUAUUGCUACUAUAAAUAGGUUAUGUGUUUGCAGUGAAAGUACUGUUUGGUAUCAACUCCUUAAAACAGUCACCCUUAUGCAUGUGAAUUGAAAAGAGCAAUGUAGAUUAAAAAAAAAAAGUCUUUAAAUGCAGAGUACCUAUUUUAUAUUGUUGAAGUAUUAGUAAUAUAAUUGACAGAUUCCUUUACAAAGUAUUUGAGCUGGCUCCUAGUGCUGAAGCUAGGAACACUGGACAUUUUCACUGAACACUCAAAACACAGGUGCCUGGAAAAUUGACAUGCAUAUAUAUUUUGUAUAAUUUUAUAUAUUUUGAGGCUGAACACGUGUUAAAACAAAUAAAAAAUAUAUAUUUUUCUUUUUCAUAA